CACUUGAGCAGAUACUGAAGACAUGUUGGCCUUUCAGAAAAUUACAUGUAGACCAACAUCUGUCUCUCACAGGAGCUGGAUUUGAUUUCAGAGCCAGAGGAGAGUUCAACAACAGCAUCAUCAUCGUCUUCUUCAGAUGAGGAAGUUGUGCUGCUCAACAGUUUGUCUCCUCACCCUUCCAGAACGGACAGCAGGAGUAGUGCCAGCAGUCACUGGUCACCCUCCUUUUCAAGGUCUUACUCAGAGACAGAAGUGUGCACAGAGGGAGGCAUACCAGCUGCUACACACUACACUCCUGAUUUCCACGGUCACAGGAGCAUCCUCAGCACCAGCCCCAGUUUUAGGACCAUGGUUAGAGAGGCAAAAGAAGAAGCCCCCCCAGGUCAGAAAGUGAAUGAGCAGGAUGAUGUGCAGGAGGGAGCAGAAGAAUCCUACCAUCGUACGAUGAUUGACAGGUUAUUGGAAAAACACAGAGUUUGCAUCCCCUACCAUGAACCAAAACUGUACCAUGCUGCAGCUGCCAAAACCAGAUCCAUUCCAGGGUUCAGCAUCCUGGCUUUCCCUGAUGUCUGGGGUCAUCUACCACCCACAGGAUGUGAACCCAUUGCCCCACGCAAACCCAACAUACAGAGGCAGAAAGUGUUUGAAGAUGUCCAACGUUUCCUGAAUACUGGUGAUAUCCUCAACAGGGUAGUAUUUGACCUGGAAGAUGAUAGUCUUCAGUGUCCAUCUGAUUCCUUGAGGUUUUUCUCUAAGUUCGAGUGUGGGAACCUAAGAAAGGCUAUUCAGGUCCGCAGAUAUGAAUAUGACCUCAUAUUGAAUGCGGAUGCUAACUGUUCCCAGCACACCCAGUGGUUUUACUUUGAAGUCAGUAACAUGGUUGCAGAUCUCCCCUACCGUUUUAAUGUCAUCAACUGUGAAAAGAGCAACAGCCAAUUCAACUAUGGAAUGCAGCCAGUGCUCUACUCAGUAAGGGAUGCUCUGGAAGGUAGGCCGCAGUGGGUCAGGAGUGGAGCUGAAGUUUGUUAUUUCAGAAACCACUUUUGUCCAGCACGGGGCAGAAUGAGAACAACCUUUUAUACUCUGACCUUCACCAUCACCUUCAAACACAAUGAGGAUGUCUGCUACCUGGCCUACCAUUAUCCCUACACAUACUCUGCUCUGAAGGCUCAUCUGAAUGUGCUGCAAAAAUCAGUGGAUCCUGCCAAGAUUUUUUUCCGGCAGCAGAUUCUUUGUGACACACUGGCUGGAAACGCCUGUCCAGUGGUCACCAUCACUGCCUGUCCUGCAAGUAGGAGCUGGAAAGACCUGCAACAGCUACGUAGUCGCCCCUGUAUCAUGAUAACAGGCCGUGUCCAUCCUGGUGAGUCCAAUGCCAGCUGGGUGAUGAAGGGCACCCUAGAAUUUCUGUGUAGCAGUGACCUGGUGGCCCAGAGUCUGAGGGAGGCCUUUGUCUUCAAGCUCAUCCCAAUGCUCAACCCAGAUGGAGUCAUCAAUGGCAUGACUCGUUGUGAUCUGAACGCUGAGGAUCUGAAUCGUCAGUGGUGUAAACCAGACCUCAUCCUUAGUCCAACCAUCUACCAUGCCAAGGGCUUCCUCUACUACCUCAGCAGUAUAGGACAAACUCCACUGGUUUUCUGUGACUACCACGGCCACUCUAGAAAGAAAAAUGUCUUCCUGUAUGGCUGCAGUGUGAAGGAGACUCUCUGGCAGUCUGGCUCUGCUGUUAAUACUGUAGGACUGAAAGAGGACCCUGGAUAUAGGACCAUUGCAAAGACCUUGGAUCGCAUCGCACCAGCCUUUUCUUUCAAUAGCUGCAACUAUUUGGUGGAGAAGUCUCGCUCUGCCACAGCCAGGGUGGUCGUCUGGAGGGAAAUGGGUGUGCUGAGAAGUUAUACCAUGGAGAGUACUUACAAUGGUUGCAACCAGGGACUAUACAAGGGUCUGCAGUUAGGAACCAGGGAGCUGCAAGAGAUGGGCAUGAAGUUCUGCCAAAGUUUGCUUUCUUUAAUCAAAGACCCAAAGGCUUUUUACAGCAAGAGACUCAUCAGCCACAUCGAUUUGGACCACAAUAUUCUGGACCACAAGUCUCACAACUGUUUUGAAGAUGAUGAGCCUCCAUGUGCCGAGGAGAUUGAGUAUUCCUCCGACUGUCCCUCACUUAAAGGCACAGAUCUGGAUUCAGAUAUCAACACCAACAUGGCCAUUGCUGACAAAGAGAAAGAGCCAAGCCAAGGCGGUGUUGGUCAAUCGCGGCUGUCACUCAUGAAGAGCCACCUGUUCCCUUACUUGAUCAGGCAGGGGUCCCUCGAGACAGCCACCGAGAACAGAAACAACACACGCAAUGGUGUGCGAAUCACCACUACAAAUCAUGAGUUAAAGUAAUAUUUCUAGGAAUAUUUCUCUAUUUUGAUUUCUUGCUAGAUAUAGGGAUGAGACUUUAAUUUUUUUCUAAAAGGUUUUUAAAGAGUUUUAAGCUUCCCUUCUUAAAAGACGGAAGGCAUAUCUAAAUGAAAUCAGCUGGGCAAAGACACGCACAUAAGGUUAUUUAUUUGUCUUUGUGCAACACUGGAUUGCACAACAAAAUUCAUGUUUGUAGUCCCCCGAUACAACACAGAUAGAACAGGUACACAAGUAAUACACAUACAUGAUUUUACACACACACACACAGACAAAGUCUUGUUUCCAUCACUUUUGGGGACAUUACAUAGACUUACGUUAUGGGGGCUUGCAUUUUGUCCCCACAACUACUGAAAUAUGCAUCCAUACAAACAUACACAAACACAGGGUGAAUGAUAAAAACAGCAGCAACAAUAUGAUGACUAUAAUGUUGUCGGCAUCUUCACAUUAGACUUAGACUGUGCUUGAGCACCGAGCACCAGCACCCUAAGACGGAAGUACUGAAGGCAAAAUAUACAAUAUACAAGUAGGCUGUAUUAUAUUAAAUACUGAAAACAGAAUAUACACACCGUAUAUGUACAAGUAUAGUGCAGUACUGUCCUACAGUAGAUGCAAUAGUGCAGUAUACAGCAAAGGACAGAGCACUAGCAACCGCAGAUUGAUCACGUUUUCAGAAGUCUACUGCAAACAUUCAAUGACCUGAGUCUCCUCAGGAAGAACAGUCUGCUCUGUCCCUUCCUGUAGAGGGCAUCAGUGUAAUAUAUCCAGUCAAGUGUAUUGUUUAUAUGCACCCCAUGCUACUUGUAUGAAACCACCUUCAGUUGCAUCAGUUGCAUGCUUCUCUCUUAGAAGCCCGGGCUGGUCUUUGUUGAAGACACUGGAGGAGCCAGUUAUAUGGUAUAUGGUUAGUUCUUUUUGCCGAUUCUGUGGCCGUAAUCAGUUCCACUAUGGGUAGUUGUUGUGGGAAUAUGACAAAAUGAAGUCCUUUGGCCAGAACGUCCAUUUCAGGUUGAGCUCAGAUGCAAGAUCAAGUCCUCCGUGCACAGUGAAUCACUUAAGCCCUUUUUGCAUUAAGUUGGAAAAGAGCUAUAUAAUUGCAGUCAGUUUACCAUCUGGUCCUCCUCAUCAGCAAAUUGAGCUGAUUAUAUCUGACAAUGUUUCAAAGAUAUCAAGUUUUUAAUGUUCAGAUGUUGACCAUAUUAUAUAACCAGAAAAUUCAAUAGUGUUUUUGUUGCUGCAGAUUAAAAAAUGCACUACAGGAGAUGCAUAAGGUCAUCUGUGCUUACAUGACAAAACAGCUAGAUGCACCUAGAUGGAGCAAUCUUUUGUGUCACAUCUAUAGAUACAUAAUACCAACAGUUAUAGGCAAAUCUUAUUCAAAAGUUUAAUACAUUAAGUGGCAUAAGAAUAAAGAAGAAUUAAGAAUUUCCUCUAUUUGUCCCACAGUGGGGAAAUUUGCAUCGUCACAACAGCACAAGGACAGCAAUACAGUGCAAGGAGUGGAAUAAAAAGAGUAAAAAUAUACGCAAAACUAUACAAAGUAGAUACUUAAUAUUAACAGCUAGAACUACACAAAGGAAACCACGCGAUAAAAAGUGACUACUUUGUGCUUCAAAGCAGUACAAAAAAGUUACAACAAAGGUUAUCGUAUUGUGACCUGUUGAAGUUAUUGUACAUAUAGUUAAUGUGGUAAAGUUAUUGCUCAUAUAGUUAUUGUGGUGGAGUAACUGCACAUAACAUAUUGAGAUUCAGACUGUAGUGAAGUGAAGGGGUCUGGCUGGAGCAAUGCUGCUUGUACAGUCUCACAGCAGCAGGAAGGAAGCACCUGUGUAAGCGCUGCUUCACACACCUGGGAUGAAGCAGCCUGCCACUGAAGGAGCCGUCCAGUGCUGUCAGUCUUAUGCAGGGGGUGGGAGUCAUUCUCCAGCUGAGAAGAAAGUUUGGCUAUCAUCUUUCUCUCUCCCACCACCUGCACUGGGUCUAAGGGGCUCCUCAGAUGCAGACCAAGUGGAUAUAUUUAUAAACUGUGUUAACAUACUGAUACUAAUGAGACGGGUGAUAGAUGAUGAGAUCAGCACUCAUCCUCCUUUCUAAUGAUGUGCUUUGAGAAAUUGGUUUUCCAUCACAUUAAAGACAAUAUCCAAGCCAAUCUUGACCCUCAAACGUUUGCAUUAAGGGCCCGCAGAAGAUGACCUCUACACUGCACUGACAUUUCCUUCCAUGUUCAGUUUACUCCAUCUCUUAUGAAUGGAUUACCUUAGCAACAGUGCUCACUAACAUGGAUUUUAACAGAUUUGUGCUGAAAAUCUGAGAGAAAUAAGCAUUUUGUGUGCAUAUGAAAAGUCUUUGAACAUAUGCGUUCAGAAUCAGAAUCAGAAUCAGAAUUCCUUUAUUUAUCCCUGAAGGGAAAUUCUUAAAAUGUUCAGAGUUUUGUUAGUAGAAGUAUCUGCUUCUCUCUCACUAGCCUACAGAGCAACUUCUUUCCUGACUGUAAGGCUCCACAGCCUAUCCUCUGCAUUGCACCAUACAGUGCAUCCGAAAAGUAUCCACACCACUUCUCUUUUUUGCACAUUUUGUUACGUUACAGCCUCAUUCCAGGAUUAAAAAGGAUUAAAUUCAUUUUUUCCUUCAAAAUUCUACUCAAAU